UUUGCUUGCUGUUUUUUCGUUUUAACCCCUUUUUUGAACCCCUGGAUUUAGCUGAAGACCCAGAUGUGGCAGCUGCUGAAAGGGCACGAGCACCUCCAGGACGAAUUCUCCAUCUUCUUCGAUCACCUGCGUCCCUCGGCCAGCCGCCUGGGGGACUUCGAGGAAAUCCAUUGGACGGAGGAGAAAGACUAUGAGUUUGAUGGGUUCGAGGAAGUCUCGCUGCCCGACAUGGAGGAGGAGGAGGAGCCCCCAAAAAUCCACGCUGCCUCGAAGAACAAGAGACGGAAGGAGAUGGGGAGCCAGAAUGCUGAGAAGGUGAAAAUCCAGCCCCCCCCCCCUUUUUUUUUUUCAAAGCCCCCACCUAGCCAGGAACGUUGCUUAGAUGCCUUCACAGGUGGGAGUCCACAUCGCCCUAGCUUUGAACCCUGGGUGUGGUGAAGGUUUUAGGUCUUGAGGGGUCCGUAGGUCU